AUGUACCCCGCGGAUUGCGUUAUCGGGAACCUUCCGGGAAGCAGCGUGCGCGCGUAUCGAAUCUCUGGGUACAGCCGGUCUGACGUGGCGCCUUCCAAUAGGUUCAAGAUUGGAAGGCCUGUGCUGUCAGGGGGAAGCAAUGGUGGGACAAUCAUAAGAUUCUCUCGUUUUCGAGGGGAUGGAGGGGCGGUACCAGUGAGCUUCAGUGGCAGCAGCAGCAUCGUCUGGGCUUUCUCCCUCCGUACACCCACCCACGCCCUCCUGAUAACAACACCCUCUCUCCUCUCUGCAGGUUCUCUCGUUUUCGAGGAGACGGAGGGGCGGUACCAGUUCUCUCGUUUUCGAGGAGACGGAGGGGCGGUACCAGUGACCUUCAGUGGCAGCAGCAGCAUCGUCUGGGCUUUCUCCCUCCGUACACCCACCCACGCCCUCCUGAUAACAACACCCUCUCUCCUCUCUGCAGGUUCUCUCGUUCUCGACGGGACGGAGGGGCGGUACCAGUUCUCUCGUUCUCGAGGGGACAGAGGGGCGGUACCAGUGACCUUCAGUGGCAGCAGCAGCCUCAUCUGGGCCUUUUCUGAGUCUGGAUCGACAGACCUGGCUUUCCAUGGCGACAACGCAGGUUCAAUGAAUGUGGACUUCUCAUGUGCGUCUGCACCUUCCAGCUCACAAGGAGGAGGAGGUGGUGGUGAUGGUGGUGGUGGUGGUGAUGGCAUUGGUGACAUUGAUGCUGGCAUGGGUGGUGGUGAUGGUGAUGAUGAUGCAUAUGAUAAUGACGAUAGGGAUGAGGGUGAUUUUGAGAGGGGGGGUGAUGAUGGUGGUGAUGAUAACGAGGAGGGGGACGAGAGGGAUUUCGGGCGAUGGAAGGAGGGGCAUAAUGAUAAAGAUGAUGAUGAUGAUGAGAAUGAUGUUAUGGAUGAUGGUAAUGAUAAUGAUGAUAUCAAGAGUGGAGAGGAUGGGGAUAAUGAUGGGGAUAACGAUGAUGAUGAUGAUGAUGAUGAUGAGGAUGAGAGAUACGGGAAGGGGGGUAAUGGCUCCUCAAAUGGUGAUGGUGAUGGUGAUGGUGAUGGUGAUAAGGAAGACGUUGAGAGUGGGGAUGAUGAUGAUGAUGCGGAUCAAUAUGAUGAUAGGUUUGGGGAGGUGGAUAAUGAUGGUGAUGAUGACGAUGAUGCUUAUAAGGAGGACGACGGAGGGAACCAUUUCAUCCUCCACUGGAAAACCGGGGCUGAUACGAUAGCGAUGGCUGCUGACGUGGCAACGUCAGGUUGGGUGGCGGUCGGAUGGUCCAGCAGCGGCAAGAUGUACCCCGCUGACGCAGCCAUUGGGAAUCUGCCACCUGGCACUCUCGCCAACGGGGCGGCGGUGGGAGCCUAUCACAUGAGCGGCUACGGCCUGUCUGACGUGGCGCUGACGUCAUCGUUCGAGCUGACCAACACGACGACCACCACGGCAAAUGGGAGAACAACAAUCACCUUUAAACGGCCCCUCUCAGUGGGAGCGGUCCCCAUCAGCAGCAGCGGCGCCACCAGCGUGCUCUGGGCCUUCUCUCGCCUUACCUCCCUCCCGUCCAACUCUGCCUACUUUUUGUCCCCCCCUUGCUUCACCUCACCCGCAACGCAACUGCAGCUUCGAGCGCCCCCUGUCGGUGGGAGCGGUCCCCAUCAGCAGCAGCGGCGCCACCAGCGUGCUCUGGCCCUUGGCUCUCCUCCCCUUCACCCCUUUGAGCGCCCCCUGUCGGUGGGAGCGGUCCCCAUCAGCAGCAGCGGCGCCACAAGCGUGCUCUUCGCCUUCUCUCGCUCCGACUCGCAGCAACUGGACGACCACGGCCCCAACGAGUGA